GCAGUGCGUAAUGCGUAGCUACUGAGGACUAUCAAAGACGUGGACGAAGACCAACGAGCUCCAGCUCUCCUGCGCUGCUGCUUGCUGCACACUGCCCAACACACGGCCCCGAUGACGACUACUGCUCGACUGAGCGACUGUCCGAGGAAGAGAGAGUGUACUUACCCCCACUCCCAGUCUCGCCUUCUAUCCCCACCCCACCGAGCAAGCUCUAUUAUACGUAUUUUAUGCGCUAUCAUACUGGGCCAGCUCUGGCUUGCCAGUUAUUUUUUUGGCCAUUCUUAGCUCGCACCGGGCCUCCGCAAUUUUUCCGACAUUUUCCCGAGGCUGCCAGGCCUGUUAACUCAACCCGUUAACUGCUGACAUUUUAUGUAUUGUGUUUUAAUAAGAGUGCCAGAGUUCCGUCCUCGCACCUCGGUCUCUUCUGCCUGCUUGCGGGGAUUACGUGCAGGUGGCGCUGGCGUAGCCCCGAUCCCGAAGCGGUAGCAGCGUCGCGCCUUGUCUGCUAAUCAUCAGCUAACAACACUGCUUCGGCUUGGCAUUUGUUGCCAAAGAUAUUGGACUUGCUGUCUACGCUGGGCUUCGUCUCGUUCUUUCAAUGUGUUUCUUACAUUAGAAUCUCAUCAACAUUGCGUCAGUGCUUCGAAGAAAUAAGUGAAACUUCAAGUAUACUCUUGCCUGGCAUAUAUGUAGCUCUGAGCCAGGGGUUUAUCCAACUUGAAGGUUAUGUUUUCAGCAGCUGAGUUUUGAAUCCAAAUAGCGGGAAGCGUGCGUACUUUUAACGCGAUUUUCUCUAGUUAACGGGUAAGAAUAUUUUCAUAGAAAACAUGGCAACGUCAAGACCCAAGCGUGCCAAUGCUGGCAAUAAAAUGGCGAAACUCCUUAACGAGGAGGAGGAAGAUGAAUUCUACAAGACUACCUAUGGAGGUUUCGAGGAGACAGAGCAGGACAAUGAUUACAAGGAAGAGGUUGAAGCAGAGGACGAAGUAGACUCUGAUUUUAGUAUAGAUGAGAAUGACGAGCCAGUAUCAGACCAUGAACCUGAGGAGAAAAAGAGAAAAAAGGGAGUUUUCACAAAAGCUUACAAGGAACCAGCCAAGCCUUCUUCGUCAAAACCAAAAGAAGCAGCAGUACCUAAGAGAAAGAGGUCCAGGAUUCAAAAAAUAGAAAGGAUAUUUAUCGAUACAGAGAGAAAGUCAAUCCGUCGUUCUACAGCUGCAAAGUCUGCUGCAACAUUGAAAAGAUUGGAAAAAAGGAACGAGGAUCAGAGAAAGAAAGUUAAAAUAGUUAAAUACGAUGACUACAAGCCCACGCAAGAUGAGUUGCUGGAAGAGGCACUGCAAACUGAGGAAAUCAAUUUGAAAUCUUUGGAGAAAUACCAGAGGCUUGAGAACGAGAAAAAGAAUACUAGAACAGUACGCAAAACAAAUGUUGGCCCCAUGAUAAGAUACCAAUCAUUGUCUAUGCCAGUUAUGGUCUUGUCAAAUUCUCACAAAGAAAAGGCAAGCAAAUCGCAGACUGAUACUGAUGCCGAUGGGAGCAAAGCAGAUGAUUCUGAAAAUAAAUCCACUCAGGCAAAUGACAAUGGUAGGGAAGAGAAAAAAGAAAUGAAUAUAACGGAAAAGGAAAAAAGCUUUGAUUGCAUAGGGACUAAUGGAAAUUACGAGAGAACUUUUGUUACUUUUGAUAAUGUACAGCAAUUUGGGAAAAUUUUUAAAAAGAAGCCAGUUCUUAGGCCGACGUUGAAAUCUCUCUGUGCAAUCACAAGCAGAUUACCAGCCAAAUAUCGCGACCCAAUGACUCAAUUGCCAUACAGAAACGUACAAACAUUUCGUUUACUGAGGGAUGCUUACUAUCAACAGCUAGACGCUCAGUCGGAUACUAGUGACCCGAUGAUAAGUCCAGAAUUGGCACGAUGGUUAGAGUGGAGACAAAAGAACAAUCAAAUCUCCCAGAGGAGCACUGUGCGUCUUGAACCCGCGUCAGCUUCUUCCGCUUCCUAGUUCACAUAAUUACAAAAGUAAAUCAACUCAUUCUUGUAAUAUAUAACGUCGCUUAAGAAACAUAAACUUGGAUAGGAGAAAAAAAAAUUAAGUUGUAAAUAAAUAUCAAAUAUCAUGCUGUGUGUACGGUACAAUGUUUGCCACAACGGCGACCGUUAACUUGUUUAAAGUAUUUCUACUUUUGUAUAAAUGAUGCGCGCAUAUGGGUGCUUGAAAAAUACAAAAAGGAGCAUUACAGUAUUAAAAGAAAACUUGAAUAAUUCAUCUACUUCUACAUUGAUAUCCAAGUCUCUAAAAAAUAAUUUUCGUUAAUCUUUUAUUUCCAUCAGUGUAUAAGAUCAACGAAAUAAAAUUAAUUGUAUGAA